UCAAUCAGCACCCCUCGUUCGCAGCUGGUACACCUUCACAUGAACUGCAGCUGACUGCAUCACCAAAACACAUCAGAUUCUUAUUCACACAUUUCUAAAUGGAGUCAUUAUCAAAAGCAGAUGAGCCGUUUCCUACUCCUCCACCCUACUUCUUACCAGAUGAAAGUCAAACAGGGCGAGAUGCGAGGAUCUACCAUAUUCACUCACCUUUCAGCCCUCUACCACCGCCUUGCUUCUCUUUUUCUCCUGGAGUUGACUGCUCCACCGAAACUCACCCAACUCUAACUGUGUCCCCUGCCCCUGUAUUUACUCCCAGGCUGAAGUUUGUGAGCUAUGAGACGGAGCUGUGUUGCUCUCCGGGUCUGACGACAUGCAUUUCCUGUCAGACGAGGGUCACCACGCAGGUCAUCUACAAAGUCGGGAGGCACGCGUGGCUCAUGUCUCUUGUGUUUGUGCUAUGCUUCUUGGUGCUUGGAUGCUGUCUGAUUCCAUUUUUCGUCAACCAUUUCAAGGAUGCCUAUCACACUUGUCCUCGCUGUUACAGGGUCCUCCAUGUACACAGGAGGUCAUGCUGUGAAUGAAAACACACGCAAUUCACUACCAAGAAGUUCAAUUAUAAUAUGUGUAUUUGUCAGUCAGGAUAACUUCAAAUAAAUAUAUUCAUAUGUGUAAAUUGUAAGAAGAUAAUACUUUCAGUCAUGUAUAAUUUAGAUAUUAUUUACAUUUAA